AUGGACGACGAGUCAUUUGAUGGUCUCUUCAUGCAGUGUGUGCAAACCAAGCGUGGCAUCGAUGGCUUUCUAAACUGCUUCUACGGGUUUUUAAGGCGCCGAACUGAUUUCUUCACCACCCCAACAGAAGCCAAGCAAGAGCUUCUGGAUCAUUUCGAAGCCAAUCUUCUUUAUUUCAAUAAAGCGAAAGAAUACCUCCAAAAGAAGCAAGAAGAAAAGAAAAAGAGAGAUGAAGAACUCCGCAUCAAAGAAGAGAAAAGGCAAGAUUAGGUUAAAAUUUUUCUAGCAGGUCUUCAGGGUUAUUUCAGCCCUUUGCCUCCCAUAGAUAACUUCGCGUUACGCUAAGUGCCAUCCUCAUACCCUUUUACUCCUGACGAUGCCAAAAAUGGCGGCAUAGGAUGUGCCUUGGGAGAUCACCUUACACAUCUUCUGCGUCCCAAAAAAUUACAAAAGCUCUCUCACCCUCUAUACAGGGCUUGGGGUAAACCGCCUUUGCCUCCUCCAUGGCCUGUUUGAGCCAUAUCAGAGGCUAAGUAAUACUCUUAUGGAGUGCAUAAGGAUAUUAUACCGGCAGGCACAUCUGCAAGCCAGUUAAAUGGCUGAAAAAAAAACCUUCCUGCAAAACUACCCUAACUUGGCUCUUCUCCUCUAUGUAUGGAUCAACUUCAGAUCACCAGAGGCUAAGUCAGAUCAUGCCAUUUAAUAAUCCUUUUAAAAGGCAAGAAGAACUGAGAAAGGCUGAAGAAGAACGCAAAGCCGAAGAAUUAAGACAAGCAGAAGAGGCCAGAAUCAUUGAAGAGAGCAAGUCUGAAGAGCAGAAAAACCUUGAAACUCAGCUGAGCCAGCAGAAGGUUGUUGAAGUUACUGACGAGCAAGCUGCUAUGCUAACUGAGCCUAAACAAGAAGAAGUUAAGUCUCCUCCAAAGAAAAAGCUGACACCAAAACUUACACAAAACCAGCUCCCUGCAGGAUCUACACCUCCAGUAGAAGAGACAAAAGGAGAGUCUAAAGGGUUGAUGCCUAUAAAUAAUGGUGGUAAAACAGAUCGCUAUUUUUGGACACAACAACUAAACGACCUGACUAUCAAUUUCUAUACUUUCUUAUAUAAAAUACACCGAUAAGUAUCUUAUUUGCUUUAUAGUCUUAUUAUUAUAAGCAAGCAUAUAUCCCAGAGAAUUUCCAAGCAAAAUAUAUUAAAGUAAACCUUCGCCCAGACCACAUAACAAUUAUUCACAAAGGCCAAAUGUUUUUAGAUGGAGAUUUCUUUGAUGCUAUUAAGCCUGAUGAUCCUCUCUGGAUGGUCGAUACUGUUGAGGGAAGAAAAUGCAUUGUCCUGACUUUGGAUAAGGUAGCUGUAAGGACUUGGUGGAAAUGCGCACUAAAAGGAGAGCCUGAAAUUGAUACAACCAAAGUAGACCCUGGAAACACCAAUUUGUCAAUAUUUGAUGAAGAGACCAGACCAGUGAUCGAAAAAGGACUUCUUGAUGCACAAAGAAAAGAAAUGGGACUUCCAACAUUUGACGAAGAGAAAAAUCAGCAGAUUUUGAGAGAAGCCCUAGCAAAGAAUCCUGAACUGGCGAAGAAGUUUGCAGCAGGACCUUAA